AUGCCCCCACAUCAGUAUCAUGCUGGUGUCACACCACCCAACCAACUGCAAGGCGGGAGGCAUCAUGCCGUGUCUUUGGCACAGCGUGUAGACAUGCUGCACCAAAGAGAUCCUGAGCUGCCAAGGCCUAAUAUAUCUCUGAGUCCACAGGGAAUAGUACCAGAAAACAGCAACAUUGCCAUUCAGUGCCAUGGCAAAGGUCCAAUCCACAGAUUCUAUUUUCAUCAUCAUAGAGAUUGCAAGAAGCCAACAUCAGUUCAGCCAGUGGGAGACACAGGCACAUUCUCUAUUUCUUCUAUGAGCAAAUAUAAAAGUGGGAUUUACCGUUGCAGCUAUAGACCCAACUCAGACUUUUUCACUUCAGAAGAGAGCGAUGAGACGGAACUGUGGCUAUUAGAUUCCUACUUAAGUAGACCCGACAUCUUUGUGAGCCCGAUGGAAGUGGCUACACUUGGAGGAAACGUUACUCUCCAUUGUUCAACUAAAAUGCCAGACAUGAUCUUCUAUUUCCAAACGCCAGAAGACCAUAUGCCACACUAUCCCAAGAAACCAGAUGCAUACAAGAACAAGCUCUUCAUUCACAGUACCCUAAUCUGCCCAGGCCCAACAUUUCCUUUAUCCCUAGCAGAUCCUGAUCUGCCCAGGCCCAGUAUCUCACUUCACCCAGCUGGGACAGCAGAUAUGAAAAGCAGUGUUACCUUUCACUGUCAGUUCAAAGAACGGGCCAUGACUGUCUAUUUCUAUAAGGUUGGAGAUCAGAAGGCACAUCAAGUGAUACUCCUGGAUGGCUAUUCAGCCAAGGUCUUUCUAAACAGUGUGGACCGGAACAAUGGAGGGAGUUACUGCUGCAGCUAUCAACCCAAGGCAAAGUUUUCCAUCUCUUCCAAGACUAGUGACCCUGUGACAUUGUUUGUAAUAGAUCCUGACAUCUCCAAACCUACCAUCUUCCUAAGUCCAAUUGCUGGGGUCUCUCUUGGAGAAAAUGUUUAUCUCCAUUGUGAAAUCCAAGGCUGUGCCGAGAUUGUUUACUUUCAUAUGCCAGGACAUCCAAAGCCACAUCAGGUCACAAUUCACAGUAUGAACAAGGUCACUUUCCACAUCAGCAAUGUAAGCUUGGAGCAGAGAGGGGAAUACAACUGCAGUCACACUCGCAAAUCUGAUCCUUUUUUCAUCUCAAAGCACAGCAACUCUGUAGAGUUGCUGAUAACAAGUAAGUGA